AUGGAGUCUCAGGAUGAUAGUAAUACGCAGGAGUCAAAAAGCACAGAUACUAGGGUUUAUUUAGAUAAAACUGUGGUCCCAGUACUUUUAAAAGGCCUGAAUAUGAUAGCCAAAGAAAGACCGCCUAACCCAAUCGAAGCGUUGGCAACAUUUUUGAUGCAGCAUAAAGAGGAGACAGAAAACGAAUAG